AAAGUCAUUUGUUGCUGUUUUCUGCCUGAGUCAGAAAGCAGUCGCUUUAAUUUUUCUUAACUGCUUAACAGAGGAUAUCUCUCUGAAAAGAGAUGUUUGGGUGUGGUUUGUGCCUAACCCGGAGUCUGGGAGGAAAUUCCUGCUUGGGGGAGGGGAUGGGGGUCCUCCGUCAGUUCUGAUGAACCAUUCAGCUGCAGAGGGAAAAGUACUAAAAAGCUUCAGUAUUUCUCAAGGUGGGCAGGCUUGUAGAGACGAGGAUCAUCUCACACAGGUCGCCCACCAUAAGGUCAGAAGAACAGUAGCUGAUACUGAGAACCAAGGCAACUGCCGAGCUGCCCAAGACCACAACAGGGCAGUGCAGCGCAAGGAAAUGGUAAUUUGUAAGUCUAAAGUUUAAAGUGCACAUGGAAAGCGCUUAGUAGGAGGAAGUAUGAGUCUAACUUAAGUGGCUAUAAGCUCAGAAUUUCGUGCUUCGGGCCAGAAAGGCUAAGCAGGCCGCCUGCUAGAGAGCCGCAGAGUCAAACGCUUGGGGGCCGUGUCCAAGCUUGUGAACGGGUUGGCGGAGUGACUUGUGGUAUUGCCAGUCACUUGCCAGCGACGCAGCCCAUCAAGCAGUGGCCAUCAAGUUUCUCCGCCCCUUCCACCCCCAAGAGGCAAUGGGCCAGACAACAAAAGCUCCGCCUUAAGGGGGCGGGGCCACGAAACCGGGACUCCCGUGGUGCUCCGCGGCCACUUCCGGGCCGGGCUUGGUGCUGGUUCCAGCUGUCAUGUUGCGCGCUCUGAACCUCCUGCCCCCCCGACCUGGGUGCCAGCCCUCAACUGUGCUGUUCCUACCCGCUCGCGGCCGCAAGACCCGCCACGACCCGCCUGCCAAGUCCAAAGUCGGGCGCGUGAAGAUGCCGCCGGCAGUGGACCCUGCGGAAUUCUUCGUGUUGACUGAGCGCUAUCGGCAGUACCGGCAGACCGUGAGCGCGAUCAGGCGAGAGUUCGUGUCGGAGGUGCGAAAGAAAGCGUACGAGGCUCGAUCUGGGGUCCUGGCCGAGCGCAAGGUGCAGGAGGCCGCCACGGAGCACCGGGAGCUCAUGGCCUGGAACCGGGAGGAGAACCGGCGGCUCCAGGAGCUGAGGAUAGCUAGGUUGCAGCUGGAAGCACGGGACCAGGAGCUGCGACAAGCCGAGGAGCAGGCCCAGCGGGCCCGGGAGAAGCAGGCUUGGGUGCAACUGAAAGAGCAAGAAGUGCUCCAGCUGCAGGAGGAGGCAAAAAACUUCAUUACCCGGGAGAACCUGGAGGCACGGAUAGAAGAAGCAUUGAACUCUCCAAAGGACUAUAACUGGGCCAUCACCAGAGAAGGGAAGGUGGUCAGGAACUGAGUAGAGAGACUCCUAGGGGUCCAAAGUAAGGACAGUGCUUGCCAAGGAACCAUGGGUCAGGGAUUGGUGCACCCUAUGCGGGAUGGCUCAGCCUUUUCCAGAGCAGCCCCGUUCAGUCCAGGUUCUUCACUCCCCACCUAACUGGACACUGUUCUGACACCACUUACAAAGUGGGAAGUUUCCUAUCACACAGGAUCAGACUAGACUUAUCCCCUCAAGCAACCAAGCUAUUUUCUGAGUCUCGUGAAGUACUGUAAACCAAAUGUUUGCUGCUUUUAUAAAGUUUUGUUAGAACCCAGUCUUUCCCUUUCACUGACGGUACUGCUAGUGCUGUGAUGACAGAAGUAAGUGGUUAUAAUAAAGGCUAAACUUCUUGUAAAAUCAAA